AUGAUUCCGGAGAAGUUUGCAAGAGCAUUCGGCGAAGAACUCUCUGAUGUUGCUAUCCUUAGAGUGCCUACAGGUGAAACCCGGAAAGUUGCAAUAGUCGAAGAGGGUGACAACUUAUGGUUUCAUGAUGGUUGGCAGGAUUUCGUGGAGUGUUACUCCAUAGGUUAUGCAUCCUUUUUGUUGUUCAAAUAUGACGGGAACUCAAACUUCUGCGUGCAUAUUUUUGAUCGAUCUGCUUGUGAGAUUUCCUAUCAAUGCAAUGCAGUUGCACGGAAUAAUGUUAUAAAACCACAAUAUGAUCCUUGUCCUGAACAAAUCGAUGAUGAUGCUCAGGAGAGUCGCGAAAUAUUGCAUUCAGAAGAAAUAAUUGAACUGGAUAGUGAUGAUGAGACAAAUGAUGCAAGAGAAUGCAGUCCAUUUGUUAUAUAA